AUCGUUGAUAAACAAUGUGUUUAUUCAGGUAAAAAAAUUAUUGAAAUUCUUUGAAGAAUGGCAACUAAAUUUUUUAAUAAGAAGUUAAAAUUAUUCUAUGAACUUACUAUUAUUAGAAACUUUUGUAGGGAUCUUUUAUUAUUAUUGAAACAAGCAUUUUUAAUUUUGUUUAUAUAUUUAAUUAAUUUCUUCAAGAAUAAUAAUAAAUUAAUUAGGAAUAGAAAAAUCAUUCGGAAUUAUAUGUAGAUCAUUAUAUUUGGUUUAUUAAGGUCAGGGUUUUUUCAAGGUGUUUUUAUAAAGCAAUAUGGACUGA